AAUGCCAUACUGUGAAACAUUCCAGGCAAAGCAAUAACUAACACUUACAGUUAAUCUUAGUGCAAGGUUGAAGUAUUUGUUGGCUGCACAUAAUCUCCUGCAGACUAAAAUGACACACGUGGACAUGCGUGGCGCAGCAGGGACCGGACUUCGCUCAGUGUAAAGCCGUCCUUCGAGCUUCUGUGGGCGGAUAGGGCUGAUCCCACCCUGCCGGUCCUGCUGUGUCUCGUGUCCGUGGGCCGGUCAUGAGCGCUGGGGGGUGGAUCUUUCACGCUAACCUCUUCGCUAGUUUCCUGUCCGCCUCAGCCUCCGUAAAACACGCGUGUUUCCAGUGUCACAGAGCCGCUAGCAUCAUGGCAGAGGAGGCGAAGAAACUGGCCGCCUACGCUGCUGUGGACAACCAUGUACAGAAUAACCAGGUGGUGGGAGUGGGCAGUGGAUCGACCAUUGUCUAUGCUGUGGACAGGCUGGCGGACAGAGUGCGUCAGGAGAAGCUCAACAUCAUCUGUGUCCCCACCUCAUUCCAGGCUCGUCAAUUGAUUUUGCAGCAUGGACUCACUCUGUCAGAUCUGGACCGGCAUCCAGAGCUCGAUGUGGCGAUUGACGGGGCAGAUGAAGUGGACGCUGAUCUCUCACUGAUCAAAGGUGGAGGAGGCUGCUUGACUCAGGAGAAGAUUGUGGCUGGCGCUGCAAAACAUUUUGUGGUUAUUGCUGACUUCAGGAAGGACUCCAAAGCUCUGGGAGAACAGUGGAAGAAGGGCGUUCCCAUCGAGGUCAUUCCCAUGGCAUACAUCCCCAUCUCCAGGACGAUCGCCCGACGAUUCGGGGGUGAGGUCAACCUCCGUAUGGCUGUCAGCAAAGCAGGUCCAGUUGUGACUGACAACAGUAACUUUAUCUUGGACUGGAAAUUUGAACAGGCUCAAAACUGGAAAGAAGUCCACACAGCCAUCAAGAUGAUUCCAGGCGUUGUGGAGACGGGUCUGUUUGUGGGUAUGGCUGAGCGAGCGUACUUUGGGAUGGAGGACGGCAGUGUUAAGACGCGGGAUGCUGUGAUGCACUGAGCAGUUUGCCUGAGUAAUUUCUCCUCUUCAGUGACCUCUUCUUCCUCAAGUGACCUUCCCUCAUUUAAAAUCCGAAAACAUGUCCAGGCAAACUCCCAGCAUUAUAGAAUAACUGGACAGAACAACAUCUGAUUUUGGAAGUGCCUGAUUAUUCAACUCUAACCGCCUCUUUGGUCAAACCACGAAAACCGUACUUCCUUGUCAGGAAGAUGGCCAUACUGUCUGAAGACCUGCCUUAAAUCCAAAUUGCAGUAUUGUAACUAAUGAUUGAUUAAUAUUUAAUUAAAUCUAAUCAUGAUGUCAAGUCUAAUAUUAUGAACCCAAAUUCUAUUCUUUACUGUCGACAGAAGGGGGUGUUCCUGUCAACUCCAUUCUCCACCAUACCUGGAGAAAUACACAACCAGUGAACAGACCAAUAGAUGUAUAAAUAUGAGAAAGAGCUUAAACUGCAUUGAUGUACAAUUAUUGAACUUUCUCAAAAAUGCAUUAUGUUAUUCACAAAUUCCAUCACGCACGCUCCCUCUUAUUAUUUGUGCCUUUUAAACGUGACAACAUGAAUCUUUGGUCCCAUCUCAUCUUUAGAAAACCAACAAAAAUAAGCCAUGCAUCACCAAACUCAUGCACUGUCUUUGGAUAAAUGGCAAAUCAUCAUUAUUAUAAAUUGAACCACAUCAGUAAGUGUGAACCUUCUGUUGCACAAUCUGACAGUGAACCUUUUUAGUGCAAUUUUCAGCAUUUUGGUCAAAUGUUAAAUGUAGUUUUACUCAAGAUGCUGCAUUCUCUUUUUUAUUUAGUCUUUCCAUCUAAAUUAAAUAUUGACUGUUUUGUCAUUGUCAUUUUGUUAUGUGCAUGUUUUUUCACCAGCAUUCCUUCUGUAAAAUCUGCCAAUGUGACUGUGAAUAUGGUUUUACUGUGACGGUACAUUUUUAUUUGGCCUUAAAUACAGGACCAUAAACACUCUGCCUCC